AUGAGCACCUACACCGUUGGCCUCAAGGCUCUCCUGCCUACUCUCGGCCUUAUCUACGGCUUCCAGGCAGCAUGCGCCAGUAUCGCCGUCCCACUCAAGACCGAAAAGUACUACGACCUCUGCGGCUCUCUCGGCUUCAUCUCGGCCGCCGGUGCCUCGCUCUACAUGCCAUGGAUUCGCGCACGAUACAUUGAUGGGUUCAAGAACAUCUCUUUGCCUACGUCCCUUUCCGCCUUUCAUCCGAGGCAGACCAUCAUGACCGGACUCACCCUCUUCUGGGCCAUUCGCCUCGGCAGCUUCCUCUUCCAACGCAUCAAGAAGUCGGGCGGCGACAGCAGGUUCGAUGAGAUCAAGCAGAGCCCUCCCAAGUUCUUCGGUGCAUGGAUGAUGCAGGCCACCUGGAUUGCCAUCACCGCGCUCCCCGUCUACCUCGUCAACUCCAUUCCCAAGGCUUCCCAACCUCCUCUUGGUCCUCGUGACUACCUGGGUCUCGCCAUCUGGAUCGCUGGCAUGGGCCUUGAAGUAACCGCAGACCGUCAAAAGUCGCAGUGGAGGGAGGACAGGGAGGCCGGAAAGCACAAGGAACCCUUCAUCAGCUCAGGUGUCUGGAGCUGGUCGCGUCAUCCCAACUACUUCGGCGAGGUCAGCCUGUGGGCCGGUCAAUUUGUUCUCUCCACAACCGCCAUUGCCAGCGCCGGUACCUUCUACCCCACCUGGGCUGUGGGUCUCGCAGCUCUUAGCCCUUUGCUCGAGUACGGCCUCAUUCGCUUCAUCUCCGGUGUGCCCAUGCUCGAGAAGAGCGGUGACGACAAGCACAAGGACAAGCCAGAGUGGAAGCGUUACAAGGAGCAAGUCCCGUGCUUCGUCCCCUUCAUCGGCUCCAAGAAUUGA